AUGUCACUUAAGUAUGAUUUUACCGGAAAGGUAGCUCUGAUAACUGGUUCGAGUUCGGGUAUCGGUGCGGCCACUGCUCAACUGUUUGCCAAAUCGGGUGCCAAUGUUGUAAUUACCGGUCGUAAUGCCGAUCGUGUGGCCAAAGUGGCCAAACAAUUUGAAUCUCCUUACUGUGUAUCCAAAGCAGCACUGGAUAUGUUUACCAAAUGUAUGGCCGCAGAGUUGGGACCCAAACAUCAUAUCAGAGUCAAUGCAAUACUUCCCGGAGCUGUUGACACCAACUUUAUGACUGUAUUUGAUUUACCGAAAGAGUUGAUCGAUCAAACAAACAAAGCAUUUGGCCUGAAAUUACCGAUCGGUAGGAUUGCCCAGCCCCAGGAAAUUGUCAAUACUGUUGCCUAUUUGGCCAGUGAUACGGCGGCCGGAUUUAUGACCGGCAGUCUGGUUGUGGUCGACGGCGGAGAUAUUGCCGCUAACGUGUCAUACGAAUAG